CGAUACAGUACCGGCUCCACUCAGUCCACUGGUGUCUAUGGUGAGUGUAAAUAAAAACGAAAACUUGUUCGUUUUACUACUUUGGCACAUUACAACUUUACAGAUAAAGUCGGCUUCCGCUGAACUGGAAGCCAGUUUCACAAUGAUCCCACCACGACCACCGGGAUCGCUCAUUCUCAUCGAAUUGUAUCGGUCUGCUGAGAGCAAGGAAUACUUCAACUGGAUAAAAGACAAGAAGCAACGCAGACGUUUUGGUCUGCUUGAAGCUCCAGUGCUGCCUCCUCACCUGAGUGUGGAUACUGUUCGCUACAAGGUCUUUAUCUCAGGGAGGAGUGGUGUGGGGAAGACUGCUCUUGCUGCCCGGCUUUCUGGUCUGGACAUUCCAAACAUGCACUAUGAGACCACUGGUGAGUGCUUCGAUUUGGUGUUUUGGCCAGUGAAGCUGAGAGAUAACGGGCAGGUGCUGUUCUUCCGGCUGCAGCUGUGGGACUGUGGGGAGAACGCCCUGCGCAGAUUCGACCACCUCCUGCCAUCUUGUAAAAAGCAGGUAGAUGCCAUUCUCUUCCUGUUCUCCUUCACGGACCGGGCCUCCUUUGAAGAUUUGUCCAAUCAAAUUGCUCGAAGCUCUGAACCUUCAGACAGUGUCGUAAAGUUGAUCGUGGGAACAAAGUAUCCUUUAUUCAUGCACGCGGACGUAACGGACCAAGACGUCAGGAAGUUUCAGGAGGUGUGGGGGCUGCCUGUGUUCCGCAUGGGGGCCGAUGUGGUUGGCGCAUUUGGGGAGGUUGCCCCCCUCCUCAAUGCCCUGGCAGAGAGCCUGUGGCACCAGGACUGCAUGAUGGUCGGGGCAACACGCCCCAGCCCGGCCACUGGGACCGGGGCCGAGACCGGGAGUAUGACCAGAACCUGACCGCUGCCCAUACUUUCCAAACUGAACUUUGCUGUGAAGUGGCCUUCAGCGUGCGGACCUUCUGCGUGUCUGAGGCAGUAGA